AUGGACGAGAAGGUUUUGGUAACUGGAUGCAAUGGAUUUGUCGCGCUUCACGUUCUUGAUAUUCUACUGUCAGAGAAGUUUCAUGUAAUUGGGACUGUUAGAACCCCAGAAAAGGCCAACCGAGUUAAAGAGUCGUUUAAAAAACUGUAUCCGUAUGCCAACCUGGAGGUUGAGAUUGUAGCGGAUAUAACUAAAAAAGACGCUUUUGACAAGAUCUUCCAAAAAUACUCCGACAUUCAGCAUGUCAUUCAUACUGCUGCGAACGUCACUUUUGGGAACGGGGGAGACAGAAAGGAAACCUAUUUGAUUCCUGCCACCGAGGGAACCAAGAACAUCCUAGAGUCUACGUAUAGUUUGGGUAAGAAUGUCAAGAAGUUCGUAAUGACCUCUUCUCUAGCUUCAAUAAUGGACAGAAAGCACUUUGGGGACCCUAAUUUUGUUCACACAGAGUCAACCUGGAACCCAAUUACCUGGGAAGAAGCCGAGAAUGAUGACGGCAAUGCCUAUUGUGCUUCGAAGAAGCUUUCGGAGCGCUUGGCUUGGGACUUUGUCAAGAAACAUGAGAAAGACAUCAAGUUUAGCUUGACGACCGUAUGCCCUCCAAUGAUUAUGGGUCCACAAGUGUUUGAGUGGAGCCUGGCUAAUGAAACACUGAACACCUCUGCUGAAAAGGUGAACAGUGCUUUGAAAACUACGCCAGACUCUAAGGGUCCUUUUGAUAGCUCCAAUGGUCUUUCAUGCGAUGUUCGCGAUGUUGCACUUUUGCACAUGCUUCCUCUCCGUAACGAAGCUCUUGCGGGGCAGAGGCUUUUUCCCUUAAAUGGAACGAGCCUGAAGCAACACAACUACGAAGACGCUAGGUACACUUUGCAGCGGAUCUUGGAGAUACUAAACAAACAGUUCCCAGAAGUGAGGGGCAAAAUCUCAGCUGGGGCCGACAAGAGUACCCUUAAGACACCAGACGAUCUCUUAUAUUACAACAACGACUUGACCACUAAGUUGACUGGUGUCGAGUUCAAACCCUUCGAGGUAACGGUUCAUGAUGCCGCUAAGCAAAUCUUAGAUUACCGUGCCGCUCACAAGUAA